AGUGAUGUCGUUUGUCUCCUAGGCGGCAUUGAAUCCAUAACGAGGUGUUCAGUUUCUUCCGUAACUUGCAUCUCGUUAUCUGCUACAUCCAAAUGGCAAUCCUGGAAAGUGGCCGAGCUGCCUAAACCGCUUGCUUGUGCAUCUGCUCUGGUCAUAGAGGGGGGUAAUAUUCUUCUCACUGGUGGAUUUCUCGAUGAAGAAGCUUCCUCGAGCACAUAUUUUCUCGAUUCCUCGACAUUAAGGUGGUCAAGCGGACCAGAUAUGAAUAUAGGAAGGCAUGGUUUUGGAAUGUGUAAAGUCGGACAGCGGGUAUUUGUAUUUGGUGGACACAAGAAGAGAAGUCGUAAGCUACACGAGGGCUGGAAGAUAAUGCCUCAGCGACUGCAAAUAGGUCGUUAUCAUCCUGCGGCCGAAUCGUAUAAAACAUUCAUUUAUGCAAUUUCUGGUAUGGCUGAAAAGCGUCUUGAGGAUUCUGUCGAACGUUUGGAUGUUUCUGAUAUGAGGCUCGGAUGGCAAUUUGUGGCCAAAAUCUUAACCCCGUAA